AUGCAACAUUUUUCUUUCCAUUUUGGAGGUGCACUGUGGGAGUUAUCCAGCAAUCCCUUUUCCCCACUUCUCAUAAACAAACCCAAAAGUUUAACACUGCCACAUUUCCACCUGAUACUCUUGAUCACUCUUGCACUGCUGAUUUGUCCCUGCCCUGCCCAGCGCCUCACUUUUAAAGUCGGGGUCGUCGGCCCUUGGAACUGUGACUCUGUCUACUCUAAAACAUUACCUGCAGUCGCAUCGAAGUUAGCUAUUGAUCGGAUAAACAGGGACGUCAGUCUGGACCUCGGGUGUACAAUGGACUUUGUGGUUCUCCAAGAGCCGUGUGAAACUUCCAAAGCCCUGACUACAUUUGUGCUUUAUGAAAAAGAAGCCAAUGCUUUUGUAGGACCUGCAAAUCCUGGAUAUUGCAAUGCAGCCACUUUAAUGGGAAAGAACUGGGAUAAAGCAAUAUUUUCCUGGGCGUGUAUCAAUUAUGAACUGGAUCGAAUUGACAGCUAUCCAACAUUUGCCCGGACUUUGCCUUCACCCACUCGGGUUCUCUUCACAGUUCUGAAGUAUUUCAGCUGGGCCAACGUUGGGAUUGUGUCUUCUAAUGAGGAUAUAUGGGUUGACACUGCUAACAAAGUGGCCAAUUCUCUCAGGAGUCAAGGACUUCCCAUAGGCAUCGUUGCAUCAAUUGGGAAUAAUGACACGGACUUAGAGAAUAUGCUGAUGAACAUUCAGAAGGCUGGAGAGAUUAAAGUUAUUAUCAUGUGCAUGCAUUCAGUGCUGAUUGGUGGAGAGCAGCAGAUGAACUUCCUGCUGAAGGCCUAUGAUAUGGGUCUAGCGAGCGGCCGCUACGUCUUCAUACCGUACGACACUCUGCUGUACAGCCUGCCUUACAAUGAUACCUCCUACUUUGCUAUUUUAAAUAACACCAAGCUGCGCAAAGCUUAUGAUGCCGUGCUCACCGUAACAGUGGCAUCAGAUCUGAUGUCCUUCAACCAGGCAUUUAACACGGCCAAACAACAGCAGGAGCUAACCAUUUCCCAGGAUCCUCAGCAGGUUUCUCCACUUUUUGGUACAAUCUACAGUGGACUUUACCUCCUUGCCAAAGCCAUGCACAAUGCACGGAGAGCCGGCCAGUGGCUCUCAGGAACCAACCUGGCCUUCUUUACACGGAAUCUGACGUUUGCAGGUUUCAACCAGAACAUCCAGAUUGACACCCAGGGGGACGGACAGACCAACUACGUGAUCUUGGACUCUGACGGCUGGGGGACUGAUCUAUAUCUUUGUUAUCUGGUGGAUCUGGGAUCAAACGUGGUGCGAUAUGCUGGCAGGUCCAUUAAAUUUCCUGGGGGUUCAGCUCCAUCUGCUGACUCCAGCUGCUGGUUCAGUCCCAACACCAUCUGCACCGGAGGUGUGGAUGUGAUCUACGUCAUCAUUGUGUUUGCGAUUAUCUUUGCUUUAAUAGUCAGUGCCAUUGGAAUAGCUCUGUUCAUAAGGAGAAGAAUUCAACAGCUUCAGCUGGUGAGAGGACCAAACAGAAUCUUACUUACUCUAGAGGACCUGAGCUUCAUUAAUCCACAGUUAAGUAAACGGAAAAUUACUCUGCAGGAGCUCAGCGACUCUAAAAGUAUAGCUGAUGAGAAGAGUAUGAGAUCAGUCGAGCACUCUGUCAACAGUCUGGCAACAGCAACACAUGAAACGUCCAACGUGGCUGUCUACGAGGGUGACUGGGUAUGGCUCAAGAAAUUUGAGAGGGGCCAAUUCAAGGAGGUCAAGCAGAGCACAACAAAAAUAUUUACAAAGAUGAAGGAUCUCAGAAAUGAGAAUGUGAACCCAUUUUUGGGGUUCUUCUGUGAUUGUGGCAUGUUUGCUGUAGUCACUGAGCACUGCUCCAGAGGAAGUCUGCAGGACCUGCUGCGUAAUGAUGAUGUUAAACUCGACUGGAUGUUCAAGUCUUCAUUACUUCUGGAUCUCAUCAAGGGGAUGAAAUAUCUUCACCACAGAGAAUUUCCUCAUGGAAGACUAAAGUCACGGAACUGUGUAGUGGAUGGACGAUUUGUUCUCAAAAUCACGGAUUAUGGUUUUAAUGAGCUUCUUGAAACCCAGAAAGCUCCAAAUGAGGAGCACUCACCAGAAGAUCUCUUCUGGACAGCUCCAGAACUACUCAGAGACCUCGACAAUGCACGGAAAGGAACAUAUAAAGGUGAUGUGUACAGCUUUGCCAUUAUACUCCAGGAGGUGGUGGUUCGUGGAGCUCCAUACUGCAUGCUUGGACUUCCUCCUGAAGAGAUCAUUAGAAAGGUGAAGAAGCCUCCACCAAUGUGCAGACCCACUGUAGCUCCAGACCAGGCUCCACUAGAAUGUAUCCAGCUGAUGAAGCAGUGCUGGAGUGAACAACCUGACAGGAGACCGGCCUUCGAUGAAAUAUUUGAUCAGUUUAAGCUCAUAAACAAAGGGAAGAAGACCAACAUCAUAGACUCAAUGCUGCGCAUGCUAGAGCAGUACUCCUCUAACCUGGAGGAUCUGAUCAGAGAAAGGACGGAGGAGCUGGAGAUAGAGAAACAGCGCACAGAGAAACUUCUGUCUGAAAUGCUGCCGCCAUCUGUGGCAGAGGCGUUGAAAACGGGUGCCUCCGUGGAGCCGGAGUACUUUGACCAGGUCACCAUCUACUUCAGUGACAUAGUUGGCUUUACCACGAUCUCCUCACUUAGUGAUCCAAUCGAGGUUGUGGAUCUGCUCAAUGAUCUCUAUACACUGUUUGAUGCAGUGUUGUGCAACCAUGAUGUUUACAAGGUAGAAACCAUAGGAGAUGCCUACAUGGUGGCGUCAGGACUGCCGAAGAGGAAUGGUAAUAAGCAUGCAGCUGAGAUAGCCAACAUGUCUCUGAACAUUCUCAGCUCUGUGGGAAGCUUUAAAAUGCGGCACAUGCCAGACGUUCCAGUCAGGAUACGGAUCGGCAUUCAUUCAGGGUCAUGUGUUGCAGGAGUAGUGGGUCUCACUAUGCCUAGAUACUGCCUUUUUGGUGAUACAGUCAAUACCGCCUCUCGUAUGGAAUCUACGGGACUGCCUUAUAGAAUUCACGUGAACAUGAGCACGGUGAAAAUUCUCCACUCAAUGAAUGAGGGAUACCAGGUAGAGAUUAGAGGAAAAACAGAAUUGAAGGGUAAAGGCGUUGAAGAAACAUACUGGUUAGUUGGGAAAAAUGACUUUACAAAGCCUUUGCCGAAGCCUCCCGAGAUCAAAUCUGGGGAUAACUGGCAGGACAUGGUGACGGAAGAGAUCAAGACGAUUUUCCGGAAGGCUAACAGGCAGGUGGACAAGCCUAAGAUCUGAGAGGGAGAGGCAAACUGUGUGGCCUGGUGGGAUGGAUGGCUGAGGCUUUAUGAGAAAGACAAAGAGGAGCGAGUGUGUUUCCCUCUCUGAUCACUGCAGCUUACACUGACUUGUUUAAUAGGAUUGACUGGUGUGUAUCUAAUCUGCCUGUGGCCAGCACAGCACAACGAGCAGUGCACUAAUGAAACCUGAGAGGAGGAAACAACUCAUCAACAACAGUGUACUGCUCAAUAUGAACCUCUCAGUAUGAGCUGCUUUCGUCGGUCAUUUGCUUCAGCCACCGAGUGGCUCUUUCCCAUUUUUACUCAGGUUUCUUCACUUUCAUAUGAAAACUUUAUGCUCUUGUGUUGAUCUUACAGUUUUAUUGUUGUUUUUGUUUGUUAUUAAUUCAGUAAUUCAUUUAUCUUCGGUAACUAUUGUAACCUGAUUGUGCUGAGUCCCGAGCUCACCUGGAAACAUUUGACAAUGAGCAGGAAUGUACCCUGCAAUGGGCACUAAUAACUUACCAAGCAUCUCACUCAUAUGUAUGAGCAAUUUAGAGAAGCCAAUCUCUCUACUGUCAUGUUUUAGGAAGUGGGAGGAAACCAGAGUAGCCAGAGAAAAGCUACACAGACAGACAGAACACUCAUACAGACUGACUGAAGGAUCAAAACCAUCUUCCCUUACACUAUCUGUUGCACAAACUGCUACCAUUUUUGGUGAUUCCAAACCAAAUAGAUGAUAAUGAAGUAUUUAGUGUGGCUAAAGCUAAUCAAAUGUUUGUUUCUGUGAUUAUGCAUGUACUUUUAAAAAUAAAGGUGUCUUAAAAUGAGAA